UUAUCGAGAGUGACUGUUCGGUUCGGCUAUUUCGCAAAGAUGACGAUCGAAUCUUUUUGUAAUUUGGAUUAUUAUCUCAGUUUGUUUUGACUUUACGUGCUUGGCGGUUUUGCACGAGUAAUGUUUUGAUAACCGAACGAGUGAAUAACAAAGAGCAGGUAGGCACAGUGACUAAACUUCCUGCUUGUCGGUGAAGUGGUUCGUGAUUCCCCAACAAUCUGUCCAUUCUGAAGGAGAGAGAUUAUUAAGCUAAUAUCAAGCCUGGCGAGUUCGAGUGAGCGAUUUCCUGUUUCGAUCGAAUUUGUCAUUGUAAUAACGCUGAUCGGCGAUUCUCAGGAAGACGAGUUGGGGGAAAAAGCUUGACGUCAACUAUUCAUAAUGACGCACGGAUAUACAGUGAAUUAAUGUGCGAAAUUCGGGAUCAGCAUUCCGUGUCACGUAGAACACGACACGUCAUAACACUCGCCAGCGGUCAAGAGGAAUUACCAGUCCACACCUCACAAGGCACUCGCCGUCCUCUUGGCUCAGACAAAGGCUUCAAUCAGACAGUUAUUUCCUUCUUUUGUGUGACGCAGGCCCCCCCUCCCCCGCCAUCGCCAUGCCCCCGGCCCUUACGCGUCAGGUGUUCCUCCCGACGGGGUGGCGCCCGCUUCGUCACCGCCAGCCGCCCCACCGCAGAGGAGUCUUCUGUCUGAGUGUAUCCGUCGGGGUCCUGCUCCUGAUUCCGUGGGCGUCGCAGUCGAGGCAUCCUCAGAGCGCCCACGCCCUUGCCAGCGUGGGCGUGGUCCUCGCCCUCGUCACCUCUACUCUUCUGCUGUACGGGCGCCAAGGAAUAAUGUCCGUCCAACAAUAUGCGGCAGGUGAGGAAGGUGCCCCCGUCGGGUUAAAAUUCAUGAGGCGCGUCCUCGCCCGCGCCAGGACCAAGUUCCUAGGAUUCGAGGAUCUCUACAUGAAGAUGAAGAAUUUGUCGGUUUUGGUCAACCAGUCUGUGCGAACGGCUGAUGCUGGCCAAUCAGAGAACUUCGAGUCUCUACACGCUUAUGUUCUUCAAUGUCAUUGCGUACUGCGUAGCCUAUGUCAAGGAGCUGAUCGAACGGGAGGACUGGAGUAUGUACGUCAACAUCGCCCGCACGUCGAACGUCCGCCACCUGGCCCUGUCCGCCACCAAGAUCGUGCUGGAGUGGACCAAGGCCAUCACGUUCAUCAUCACCGUGGUGUUCAUGCUCCUCGUCUUCGGGCUGGAAAAGGGGCUCAAGAACUACACCCCGACGACCGCUUACCUUGUCGUCACCGGGUUGUACUUCCUCGUCACCGAAAAGGUGUUCAUGGACAUCGUCGCCUCGUGGCUGGAGAACAGGAGGUUCGACUACUUCGAGAGCCUGGAGAGUUUCUACGUGCCGGCGCUCAUCCUCCUGCUGCAGCUCUCGUUGUCGGCGCUCUUGACGGGGCUCUGCGUGUUCACCGGGAACCUCAGACUCGUCUUCCUGUCGGCCUUCACGAACAUCAGAAUCAAGUAUCGAGAACUCCAGGAGGGUUACAUCAAGCCCCUUCGGCACGAACUGGAGGCGCUCGAGCUCUACCGCGUCGCCACGCACUCGGAGCUGACGAACCACGACGACGUGUGUGCCAUCUGCCUGACGCCCAUGACCUGCGCGCGCAUCACGCCCUGCCAACACUUCUUCCACGCGGACUGCUUGCGGCGGUGUCUCAAGGGAAGCAACAAGUGUCCCAUUUGCCAGUACCAUUUUUUGUGAUCCUACGAUACUCUAUUCUCGCUUCGAAAUUGUUGAUUUCCGAUGCCUCUCCUGUCUUUCUCUGCUCUGUACUUCUGUUUAUAGGGUUCCUUUCUCCGUGAGACGACAUGUGAUAACUAGAUGUAUAGAAACAAUGUCUUCCGAAUAUUAAGAGGUGUCAGUUUCAAGAAGAGAAGUUAAUACGUAUUAAUAGGUAAGGUAUAAAUUUAGUUAUAUUCAGAAAAAUAAGUGUGUGAUUUUAUAGGAAUUCACACUCUGUAACCGCUAUUACUUUAAUAGAUAAGGAAAAAUGACAAAAUGAUUUUUUUUUCGAAAUUAUUUUUAAAUUAGACUAAAUGGUCUGAUGUACGGAUAUAUAAAAAUACAUAUCUAGAUUAAAGAUGUGUUUCAUUUCUA